CUUUUUAAAAAAAAAAAACUCUCUCGAUUUUGAAUUUGCAUCUGAUCUUCUUGAGCUCUGCUUACUUACUAUGAUCUCUGUUUGAUCUUCUGCUCCUUGUGAUCUUCUGAUUUGCUGUUCGAUUUAGAUAAAAUAGAACAGAAGUUGGAUAAUGCUGGAGAAAACCGAGAAAAUCUUCGAUAUUACUGAAGAGAUGAAAAGCAAGCUCACAUCCGCAGAUCACAGCAGAAGCAGCAAGGAGAAGAAGAGUUGUGCCAUUUGUGGUACGAGCAAAACUCCUCUUUGGCGAAGCGGUCCAGCUGGUCCCAAGUCACUAUGUAACGCAUGUGGGAUCAAGAACAGGAAGAAAAGAAGGACAGUGAUCAGAGGAAACAGAUCGGAAUAUCAGAAGGAGAAGAAGAAUCACACUAGGAAUCCGAAGCUUGGUGACUCGUUGAAGCAGAGAUUGAUGGAGUUAGGGAGGGAAGUGAUGAUGCAGAGAUCAAAUCAGCUCGGAGAGGAAGAACAAGCAGCCGUGUUACUCAUGGCUCUCUCUUAUGCUUCUUCUGUUUAUGCUUAACGAAGUUCUGGAGAUCUCAGUGAUAUGAGUUUGCAGUGAUAAUUAAUUUUGUAGGAUAUGUAAUGUUUUUAGGUUCUAAGAGCAAAAUAGCUAACGAAUGUAAUUUGUUUGUUUGUCGUCUGAUGUUGAGUUAAGCUUCUUUUUUUUAUUAUUCCUUUGCAUCUUGUUUAAGUGAUCUGUUGACUGUAGUAGACAAUGUUAAUGUCAAGAAUCAAG